CCAGUAGUUAGCAGACAGAGGCAGAAAGUUUUCCCCCAGCCAACCCCACACGCUUUCCUGUUGGAGCACGAGCAAUGGAGCUGGAGAUGGACUAACUGUUUGUGCUCUACCUCUAAGCCUCUGAAUGGCAACUUGAGGAUCUGAGCCUGUAAAAUUCGGGGCCACUCGGGACGUUUUAACUUGUUUUAAAGGCUGAAAGAUUUAGGCCAGCAUGAGGCAGUACUGGACUUUGGGUACAUUGCUAUUCAUAGCCUCGCUGAUUGCAGUCCACCACUGCCAGAGUGGUGAGGAAGGAGACUGGGGAUCAGGCAGCGCUCCAGAGGUCGUGUUCACCAAUGCGUCCAUUCCUAUUCCGCACACAAUCGGGGAUGAUCCGGCCAGGCCUGGGAGCGCAGACUGGACUAAGCCUAUUUUCCAGGCCAUUCCAGAGAUGGAAGCAGAUGGCUGCUCCGUCCACUUCCACACCGGUCAGGCUUUGUCCAGGCGAUUACGAGCGAGCAGGGACGAGGUGGCUUAUCUGAAGGCUCUCCAGCACGGGAACCAGGCCGUGGUGGAGAAUUUAGUGCAGUUCGUCGGAGCAGAGUUGGGGAACAUGCGCUAUCAGGAUAUUAUCCAGGAGAAUGUUGCUGGAAUCAGGGAGGAUCUCAACAGCUCUGAGGGAGUGGUGAAGAAAGCAGUGGAUGAGCUGGAAAAUCAACUAGAGGGGGACCUCCUACAAGCCCUGUCUGGAAUUCAGAAAAUCAAAGAGGAGUCUCUUGCCUUUGAACGGAUGCUGCGAGCCACAGCAGACAUUGCCAGCCGGCUGGAGAUUUCCUCACGGACCCUGAACACAGAGCUGACGGAGCAGCUCAGAAAGAGCAUGAGUGCUCCCAAAUAAGAAAGCACAUGACAGGAAGACUGCCAGUUCAGAGGAAAAAAAAGCAUUACUGUGUUAUUUGACAGUUGUAACCUUAUACAUUCUUAAAAAUGAAAGUACCAGGAGGAGUUCUUUGGAGUAAGGCUGUAGAAGAACCCCUGCUGAUCUACAGAGGAUGCUUUCAAGGAGCCGUUCAGAUGUUGGAGUGUGUAGAACUUUCUAAAGACAUUUAGAACCUUUUUAAGAGGGUUUUGGUUUAGAGACAAAUGGCAUGAAUGGUGCCAUUUUAUUUUCAUAGAACAGAGAAGCUUUAAUGAAGGAAAUGUACGUUACUGCAGCACAGCUCAUAGAGAUAUGGCAAGCUUAUGCUCACAGAGAGAAAGAGAGAGAGAGAGAGAGAGAGAGAGAAAGAAACAGGAACAACAAGAUAUCAUGAGUUAGUUAGGAGAUUUAAUCUAUAUUUUAACAUAAAUAAAAAAUAAUCUACUUUCUGAACUCUUUCUGAGCAGUAGUGACGAUGUGUUUACAUCACUAAUUAAAUCUGCUAAUACGUUACUAGGCAUAAAAAAGCAUUACUUUGGACAUUGUAAAGUUUUGGGGGAUUUUUUUCACACAUACACACACUUUCUCUUUAGCUUUAUGGAAAUGUAGUUAUUCUAUAGUAUCACACAGGAAUCCUUUGUACUACACUGUUAAAUGUAUAUGGUUCUUGAGGAAUUUAAGGCUUCUUUAGUUUGAAACUGGGGAUGAACCCAUUAAGGUGCUUUAAGGAACCUUCAGGAAACAUUUUUCUUCUAAAAACAAAACUUUUCUUGAAAGAGCUUUAAGGGGUUUCUCCUUAAAAGUUCUUCGAGGCUGUGCAAUAAGUGCUGUGCAAAUUUCCCACAAUGCUAAAAGCUACAGAUUGUGUCCAAGUUUGUGAUUUGUGAUGAAUCUUUGUUUGAAAACUCUCCUGGAACUGGAGAAACUCUCUGUACAUUUGCUCUGCAGUCUCGCGCAGGCAGCUGAGUGUUGUGGUCUGGCUGUCUUGGUGCUAGGGUGCAGAUGGAGAGCAGACAGCUUGGGCCCCUCACUCAGCACAGAGACACCAAUGUGAAGAAAAGGGAAAGGGCCUUGAUGUCAUAGAAAAGUAAAUGAGGUCUCAUUUUGAGGCCAAAGCUGGAAGGAAUCUCGUCAUUACCUUGCGAUUACUGUUUAAUUCCUAUUGUUAAUCAGAAUGACAAUGUGUAAAUAGUGAGUUAUGUAGAAGUUAUUCAGCUGAGGAUAUAUAUUGUGUGGUAUCUGCAUGUCUAUAUAAACAGAGGAUAACUUGUGCUUGGAUUUCAUGCAUGGCAACCUAGCUUUGAUCUCAGUGGUGUGUUUGGGCAUGAUGUAGCUCAUAAAGCAUUUAAAUAAAGACCUAAUUUAAUCAA